AUGGCUCUGCAGGACGUGUGCAAGUGGCAGGCCCCCGACACCCAGGGACCAUCGCCUCACCUGCCUCGGGCGGGUGGCUGGGCCGUGCCCCCAGGCUGGGACCCUGGAACCUUCGUGCGGAGCCACGGCCCCGGGCUGGCGCAUGGCACCACCACCUUGGCCUUCCGCUUCCGCCACGGAGUCAUCGCCGCCGCGGACACACGGUCCUCCUGCGGCAACUAUGUGCAGUGCCCGGCCUCCCGCAAGAUCAUCCCCGUGCACCAGCACCUCCUGGGCACCACGUCCGGCACGUCGGCCGACUGCGCCACCUGGUACCGCGUGCUGCGGCGGGAGCUGCGGCUGCGGGCCCUGCGGGAGGGCCAGCCCCCCAGCGUGGCCGGCGCCGCCCGACUCCUGUCGGCCAUGCUGUCCCGCUACCGCGGCCUCGAUCUGUGCGUGGCCACCGCGCUGUGCGGCUGGGACCGCUCGGGCCCUGCCCUCUUCUACGUCUACAGUGACGGACGCCUGCCAGGCAACGUCUUCUCCGUGGGCUCCGGAUCUCCCUACGCCUACGGCGUGCUGGACCGCGGCUACCGCUACGACAUGAGUCCCCAGGAAGCCUACGCCCUGGCCCGCUGCGCCGUGGCCCACGCCACCCACCGCGACGCCUACUCCGGGGGUUCUGUGGACCUUUUCCACGUGCGGGAGAGCGGAUGGGAGUACGUGUCACGCAACGACGCCUGUGUGCUGUACUCGCAGCUGCAGAAGCUUCCGGAGCGGGAGGAGGAGGCCCGCCGGGACCAGCCUGAGCCCGCCACCCUGCACGGAGGCUCCAGGGUGUCCGCAGAGACUGAGAUGCUAGCUUCCAGUCCCAAGAUUUGAAGCCCCCUUUCCUCCCUCCUGGACACCCCUCCUCUCAGCCUGCAGCCCAGCUCUGAGCCCCAAGCCCCAACAAUGCAUUUCCUGCUAAGAAUUCCUCCAGGCUGGAGCUGGCCAGACAGAGGAGACUCCCAGGCUCUGGCCUUCAGGGUAUGAUUAGGGAGGAGGGAGGAAGGGCCAGGGAGUCUCAGGAAGGAAAGCAGUGGAGGCAGAGGGAGGAAAUUGGGGGGGUGGGGAGGAGAAGCGGCAGAAACCUGCCUCAUACAGGAGGGUUAGCAUUCUGAGUCAGGGUCCAGGAAUCUGGUCGGUGGCCUCAACAGCAACCCUUCACCCCCUGUCCAUUCCUCAGCCUCUGGGGAGAAGGUGCGGGGCUCUGGGAGUGACCAGGGCCAGCCUCGUUCUGGAGAAGCACAGGAGGAAAGCUUUUGCCCAGGGUGCAAGGGGGUGAUGGACUCAGGCAUAGAGGGUGCACCUGCAAGUGCGGAGAUGCGUGUGGAUCUGUGUCCUGGUGUGAGUGUGUGGCCCCGUAGAAGUGUGUGCAUGCAAGUGUGGUAGGUGGUGCCCGUGCAGUUCCUGUGUACGGAGACAGGAAAGAGACUGGAAGAGAAAGUGUUAACAUCUGGAUAAGGAGAGCAGCCCCUCUUUGGAGAGAAAGCCAGGCCUUGUCACUUUUUUUGGAAAAAUGGUCCAAAGCAGAGAGGAAGUGGGGGCAGAGCUCAUCGCAUUGGUUCCCCACUUCGGCAUC